GGUGAAAGUGAAAAAUAUCAAGAAGAGAGAGCAUCACAGUCAGCAGCCAUUUUCUGGCUGCGACGGAAGCUUUUCUUUUCUUUUCUUUUCUUUUCUUUGAUUCAAUACAAUGGCGCCGCCGAAGAGCACCGGAGGAGGAGAUAAGGGGAAAUCUGCGGCGGUGGCUACGUCGACGAGGCAGACUCGAAGCAUGUGUCGCCAGACUCGGAGCCAAACGAAGGGACGCGGCGGUGGUAACUCGACAUCCUCCAAGCUCAUGAACUUCGAAUCUCCAGAGAAGAGGAAAAGGAAGACGAAAGCCAAGGAAGGUGGAGCGGCGGCGAAGAAGAUCAAGAAAGAAAAAGAGGAAGCCGUGGUAGAAGACCACGAAGAAGAAGAAGAAGAAGUCUCUGAGAAAAAGACGAUUGUGAUCGAGCACUGCAAACAACACAAAUCAUUCAAGGAGAGAGCCAACGAGGUGAAGGAAGGUCUGGAGAAUGCUGUUCCUGGCAUCAUUGUCACUCUCAAUCCUCUUAAGCCAAGGCGUGGAUGUUUUGAGAUUCGAGAGGAAGGCGGCGAAUCAUUCAUCAGUCUUUUGGAUAUGAAGAAACCAUUUACACCGAUGACCGAACUUGAUAUGGAAGAGGUCCUCGCUAACAUCGUAGAGAGGAUUAAAUGUUUUGAGGCUGCUUGCACAUAAUCAAAUAGGCGCGCUUCAAUAUAUCUAACUCUCCUAGAGCAACCAACUGUUUAUGCUUUUUUUUUUUAGGCUUUCCUUAUGAUAUUUUGGUGAAAACUCUUUAGAGCUCUGUUUUGGUCAUUUUGUUGUGCUUACUUGGAUAUGUGCAUUUUCUGGAUGCUAAAACUAGAUGAUAUGUUUUGGUUCAUCUGAAAUGAUCCUUGGUAGUUUGGGAUUUGGAAGCACAUAUAUAUGGGUUGUGUAUGCUGUUUGAGUUGGAUGAAUGAAGAAAACAAAUUGGUUACAAUCUUGUCAUUA